UUAUUUAAGCACACCUAUUUAGUUUUUUCCAUACCCCAACCUUUCUCAGUUUAAAUAUGGUAUCGCCCAACUGUUGUAUAGGCAACGGCGAGAUUUGAAAGAAGCUGAUUGGUCGAUUCGCGCUUGUAUAAUCCUUUGGUUUUUUGUGCGGAGAGAGGCUUGUCUUGAGGAAGAGGCCAAUAUGGAUCCACCGCGGGAUAUUCAACAUUUUAAACGGAAUAUUGCCACUCGAUCCACGGUAUCAUCGUGUUCCUCUCUCGCCAUGGAGAUCAAGAGAAAGAAAAUAAGAGAAAGCAUGUUUUUUCAAAAUGAGGCCAAAGACCGAGAUAUGAAGCGAUGCAUAAGUGUGCAUAACACGCAGCAGAUAAUAGAAGACAUGAAUUUGUUGUUCAUAACUUCUAAGAAACGAAAGGACCGUGAUAUUCAGGAGAAAUUGGAGUUUGAGAUGCGAAUGAGAGCCGGGGCUUACAAGAUUCUCGUUGCCAGCACUAAAAAAGAGCAUGUGUUGGACGCUUCCAGGAGUCUGUUAACCUGUAAUGCCAGAAUUAAAGCCUACAUGAGUGAAGCCCAGAGGAGGAAAGAGCACCAGGACAUCAGAAGACCCUCAGUCUCUCAGGAUCAAAUCCCUUGUAAGGGAAAGGUAGCCAUAUCUGGCCUGCGAAUUCCAUUGUUUUGGAAAGAUUCAGAACACUUUAACAGCAAAGGGAAUGCACAGCGGGUGGCAGUCUUUUGUUUGAUAAAGAUUGGCUCAGAGAUUUUUGACACUGAAAUGGUGAUUGCAGACCCCUCAAUGACCGAUAUUUGCUUUGAAGGUGUCAAAAUUUUCUCUGAAGCGAAGCCGGACUUUGAACUGACGUUUGAGCUGUAUAGCUGUGGACUGGAGGAGGAACCAACCUUUGUCAACACUCCCAAAAAACUGGCUAGGAAGCUGCGCUUGUCAUUCGGCAGAUCUUCAGGCAGGAAACUCUGCCCUCUUCUGGAUGGAGGAGACCCAGACACUUUCCUCCAGUCCAACCCAAUACCAUUAGGUGCACAGUACUCAUUGUUGGCGUACACCACACUGGGCUUGGAGCAGGCAGAGGGAUCUUUCCAGUCUCAUUCUCUUAUAAUCAUGCAGAAUGUGGAGGCUUCAUGGCUGCCGCUGUAUGGAAACCUGUGCUGUCAGCUGGUGGCACAACCUGACUGCAUGACACAAGACAUGAUGAGCAGUUACCUGAGCCAGCAGCUAAGCAUUGAGGGUUUGCAACGCCACUGUAAGUUAUAUUGUAUGCUGAAGGCUGGACGGAUAUCAUGCUAUUACUCUCCUGAAGAGAUUCAAGCAAAAGUGGAGCCCAGCCUCAUUAUUCCCAUAAACCAGGAGACCCGUAUUCGUGUGGUAGAAAAGGACCACCAGAGGACUGGCUGUAAACUCAACCUGAUAAACCCGGGAAAUGGAGACUCCGUCAGUCAUGUGUUCAUUACUGAAACUCCUGAAGUCUUACAGGAGUGGCUGGAUGCCCUCUGGCAGCACAUUUAUGACCAGGGUCAGUGGCUACAUGCAUGUGACAAGCUCAUGGAAAUUGAGGUUUUGUCACCACGGAAACCCCCACUCUUUCUUACGAAGCAAGCUGACUCUGUUUAUAAUGAUCUGAGCAUCGGGUCCCCUGGGAAAUUUGAAAGCUUGACUGACAUAAUUCACAAUAAGAUUGAGGAAACUGAUGGGCGCUUUCUCAUUGGUCAGGAGGAGGACACAGAGCCGCCUCAUUGGGCAGCGCUGUUUGAAGGAUCCCGGCCAAUGGUAGUACAAAAAACGGUUCUGUCACCAGGUAAAGAAAGCAAUCAAACUAUUACGAGUCCCGUCACGGGCAGCAAAAAGAAGAGGAGAGCUCCUCCACCCCCUCCUGAUAAAUUACCCUUUACCAGCAUCUUAACCAAUCAGGAGAAAGAGAACUGUAAGGGGGCGAGGCCUAGGACAGGGCGACCCUCGCUGGAUGCUAAAUUCUCUGCCAUCAUUCAGCAGUUGCAGAAGAGUCACGCAUCAACACGCAAAAACGCCCCUCUUGGACAGAUCGAGCCCUGUCAGCACCCUUGUGUCCAGCAAAAAAGAGAUGACGAGUCAGAUAUACCAGAGAAUCCUGGGAAAGAAUACAGUCAGGUCCCUCAGCGACCUGUGCCGGCCCCCAGGAACAAACUGAGGAUGUCAUUCAGAGAGAAGAGGAACCCAAAAGCCUGGUGAAUCAAUGAGGCAUGAUGCAUCUCUUUGAUUAAUGAUCUGUUAUGGAAAGAUGAAACGCCCUUGGACUCAUAAGGAGAUACACACCCUCUCACACUUUUCUUGAUCCAUAUCAAGGGUCAGGAGAAUGUGGAGGAGAAUGUGAAUGUAUACAUUGCCUCUCUUGUUUGUUCUAGCUUGAACAAACAACUAUAAUCAGAAAGGUUUAAAAAUAAACCAUUUUAAUCGCAUUUUAAAUAAC